AUGGGCGGGUGCUCAAGUCCCACCCUCGUAUACACGGAACGCAACACCCCGUUUGCGGUGCUGGCCACCGCACGCCUACUUCGUGCAGCCAUCAACAUCAAGACUGAUGCCUCCCUGCCCAAAGAUGCAGCCCCGGAGCUGAUCUUCGAUGGAGGGGAGAAGCUGGUGGGCACGGCCACCAUCCUACGGUUCCUGGCCAGGGUGUCCCGAACUCCCGAUGGCUACUACGGCGCCUCCCCCCUCGCCGCUUCCCAGGUGGACUCCUGGAUCGACACUUCCACCGCUCUGGUCCCCGGCCUGACCCUGGAGCCCCUGGCCGAGGCGAUCAGCGCCUUCCUGGCCCUGCGCACCUACCUGGUGGGCCACUCCUUGUCCCUAGCCGACGUGGCUGUGUGGGGCCAGCUGCAGGCCACGCUGCAGUGGGACAAGCUGCGCAAGGCCAACCCCGCCCUGGCUCACCUGGGACGCUGGUACGACCACGUGGGCAGCACCCCCGCCCUGGCGGCCGUCGCAGAGGCGCUGGGACCACGCCGGCGCUUCACCACCCCCAAGCCCACCAACCCGGAGCUGGGCGCGGCGGCCGGCGGCGGAGCCACCGGGUCCUUCGACAUCGGGCUGGAGAACGCAGAGAUGGGCAAGGUGGUCACCCGCUUCCCGCCCGAACCCUCGGGCUACCUGCACAUUGGGCAUGCCAAGGCGGCCCUCAUCAAUCAGCACAUCGCCGACAUGUACAAGGGGCGAAUGCUGGUUCGCUUCGACGAUACCAAUCCUUCAAAGGAGAAGGAUGAGUACACCCAGAGCAUCAUCGCCGACAUGCAGAGGCUGGGCCUGCGCUACGCAGGCAUCACCUACACGUCUGACUACUUUGAGCAGCUGGCCGAGUGUGCGCGGCGCAUGAUCGCCAAGGGCUAUCUGUAUGCUGAUGAUACACCCGUGGAGCAAAUGCGUGAGGAGCGCAUGGCGGGGACGCCUUCUGUGCGGCGGGACAGGCCCGUGUCGGAAACGACGGCGAUCUUCGAGGAGAUGCUGGUGGCGUCGGAGGAGGGCCAGCGGCACUGCCUACGCGUGAAGCUGGACAUGUCGGCGCCCAACAAAGCGCUGAGGGACCCCGUGGCGUACCGCUGCAACCUGGAGCCGCACUGGAGGACCGGCCAGAAGUACAAGUGCUACCCCACCUACGACUUUGCUUGCCCCUUUGUGGACGCCAUUGAGGGUGUGACGCAUGCGCUCCGCACCUCGGAGUACAAGGAUCGCGAGGCCCAGUUCUACAUGAUCCUGAAGCUGCAGCAGGAUGUCUGGCCUGGUCUGCCCCACGUCACCAUGUGGGACUACGCCAGACUGUCCUUCAUCUACACCGUCCUCUCCAAGCGCAAGCUCACCUGGUUUGUGGAAAACGGCAUCGUGGAUGGCUGGGAUGACCCCAGGAUGCCUACUGUCCAGGGCAUCAUGAGGCGUGGGCUAAAGAUGGAGGCGCUCAAGGAGUUCAUGCUGGGGCAGGGCGCCUCCAAGAACAUGACGUACCAGGAGUGGGACAAGAUCUGGACCAUCAACAAGAAGCUGAUUGACCCUGUGUGCCCGCGUCACACUGCAGUCGAGCAGAGCAACAGGGUGCUGGUCACGCUUUCCAAUGGUCCUGCCAGUCCCGAGACCAUGUCUGUGCCUAAGCACGCAAAGUAUCCCCCUGCGGGCGAGAAGAUCCAGACCCGCACCAAUCGCAUCUGGUGGGACCAGGCCGACGCCGCCGUGGUGGCCGAGGGGGAGGAGGUCACGCUCAUGGGCUGGGGCAAUGCCAUUGUGCGGAAGAUCUCUAAGCGCGAGGAUGACACUGUGCAGUCCAUUGAAGCAGAGCUUCACCUCGAGGGAGACUUCAAGAAGACGAAGCUGAAGCUCACCUGGCUUGCAGAUAUUCCAGAGCUGGUACCACUCGAGCUCCACCACCUGGGUUACCUCAUCAACAAGAAGAGGCUGGAAGAGGAUGACAUAUUUGAGGAGUGUGUCAAUAGGAACUCGCGCACCAUAACUGCCGCCGCUGGCGAUGCCAACAUGGCGCAGCUGCAGAAGGGAGACAUCAUCCAGCUGGAGCGCAAGGGCUACUUCAUCGUGGAUGCCGGCGUGGAGCACGGUGGAAGUGUUGUCCUGCUCAACAUCCCGGAUGGGCGCACCAAGAACAUGCCUGGUGCCUAG